CUCAACUUAUUUCAAGCUUGAGAUAAGUUUGUUAUUUUCAUUAAUGUUUAUAAUUAAAAUUUUUGUAAAUUGGCGCGCAAAGAGUGCAAUUUCCCACCACUCACCCCUUUUCUAAUCUUCCGACCAAUGGGAGAAGUAUUCAAGAAAUUCUAAGCCAAUUGCUUUGCCCCUUAAAAUCGAGAAAUUCACACGUUCAAAUAGGCCAAUCAUAACAUCCAAUUCAUGAAAAUCACAAACAUUACCAAUGUUGCCAGAUUCAUCUUCUCCACUACAUACUUUUAAUCACAGUGGCGAAGAUGCGCGCAUUCCGCAUUUAGCAACAGUUAGCAGUUCGUGCGUCAUCUCCAAAAAUUAAUCCUUUAUCCAGUGCUCUUUUUAAUCGUUUAUUUCGAAAUAAAUAAACGAUUCAAAACAAUCGAAGACGAGGAAUAUCUACAAUUGUGAUUCUUGCUACCAGAAAGAAUAUUCACGUCAGUGACUCGAUCAACUAUCAAAGAGGAGGCGGAGGACUAUCAUCAACAUCAGCAGUGGCGAGGCGAUAAUAUUAUCACACAUUUUUAGAAUAAUAAAAGUAACGGCGAGGAUCAGUCGAAGCAAUACAGCAGCGAUGGUUGCGCGAUGGACAUGAAUCCGGAACAAGGAACAAAGGACGAGGAAUACCUACAAUUGUGAUUCUUGCUAACCCGAAAGAAUAUUCACGUGAGUGACUCGAUAAACUAUCUAUCAACUAUCAUCAACAUCAGCAGUGACGAGGCAAAUAUCAACAUAGAGAUUAUUAUCGUGAUUCGCGCGAUAAUAUUAUCACACCUUUUUUGGAAUAAUAAAAGUAACGGCGAGGAUCAGUCGAAUCAAAAGAGCAGCGAUGGUUGCGCGAUGGACAUAAAUCCGGAACAAGGAACAAAGGACGAGGAAUACCUACAAUUGUGUUUCUUGCUACCCGAAAGAAUAUUCACGUGAGUGACUCGAGAAACUAUCUAUCAAAGAGGAGGUGGAGAACUAUCAUCAGCAGUGGCGAGAGAAAUAUCAACAUAGAGAUUAUUAUCGUGAUUCGCGCGAUAAUAUCACACAUUUUUUGGAAUAAUUAAAGUAACGGCAAGGAUCAGUCGAAACAAUAGAGCAGCGAUGGUUGCGCGAUGGACAUGAAUCCGGAACAAGAAACAAAGGACGAGGAAUACCUACAAUUGUGUUUCUUGCUACCCAAAAGAUUAUUCACGUGAGUGACUCGAGAAACUAUCUAUCAAAGAGGAGGUGGAGAACUAUCAUCAGCAGUGGCGAGGCGAAUAUCAACAUAGAGAUUAUUAUCGUGAUUCGAGCGAUAAUAUCACACAUUUUUGGAAUAAUAAAAGUAACGGCGAGGAUCAAUCGAAACAAUAUAGCAGCGAUGGUUGCGCGAUGGACAUGAAUCCGGAACAAGAAACAAAGAACGAGGAAUACCUACAAUUGUGUUUCUUGCUACCCAAAAGAAUAUUCACGUGAGUGACUCGAGAAAAUAACAAAGAGGAGGCGAUCAGUGGCGAGGAUCAGUCGAAACCCUAAACAAAGGAGCAGGUUGCGCGACAAAUAUGAAUCCGGAACAAGGAGCAAAGAGUGCCAGUACCGCCAGUAAAAAAGUUUCGAAACCCCGUGAAGAGAGUGGCAAAUGUGCUUCGGAUGGUUCAACACCUCCAGCAACGAGCACUCCACCUGAUGAAUCGUGGAAUGUGGAUUUCAAUCCACCGGCGCCAUAUCCAGUGGAGAAAAUAGUUUCCAUCGACUUGGGCUUCAAGUAUCCUGUUACAGCUAACGUUUUAGACACUGCUGAUAAUUUCGAAAAAUUCGUGACAUUAACCUCUCAGGAAUAUAACCAACUUAGCGGUUCCAAUAGAAGAAUAAAAUUAUCUCAUAAAAUUUUGAGCAAAGAAACGAAAUGGAAGGAGAAAUUACGCAAAAAUUUAAAAUUGAAAGAUUUACAUAAUGAUGGGAAGAGGGAAAAAAUCUUUAAAUACUAUUCUCUCAUUAUGAAAAUUAAAAAAAAAAAAUUAAGGCAAAAAAAACUUCAAGCCCUCGCGAAGGCGACUAGAGUAGAAACACAUAAAUUUUGGGAUAAUUUUGUCAACAAAAAAUUGAUUGAAAAAUCAAAAGAUGUUCUCUUUAUUUUAGGAAAAUAUAUUCCUAAUGUCGGAUGUGGAUACAGAAAAUCCAAUCUAAGAAUGUUGAUUCACACUUUAAACAACAAGUCAAAGGAAUUGAAAUCAAAAAACAUCAGGGUUCAGACGGUGGAUGAAUAUAACACCACUCGAGUUUGUAGCGAAUGCGGAGAGAAAAACUACAAACUAGCAUCCUCACCGCAUCGCUAUUACAUUUGUCUAACGUGCGGACACAAAUCUGACAGAGAUAAAAAUGCCUGCAUUAACAUUCGGCAAAUUGGUCUUGUUAAUGCACGAUAUCUGGAAAAAGAAGACAUAAAGGGAAAUGAAUUUUUUCGUUUUGAAAAACAGAAGAAACCAGGACAGCGACCAACACCUUGGAAAUCAAAUAAAUAUGAUGAGUUAAUUUGCAAGGACUGCAUGGAAUCUGGCCAUAACUCCAGAAGAAGUUCAAGGUGCUCAAUGUACAAGAAAACUGGUAGACAAAUCCUCGCAGAAUCGCAUGAAAAUGGUAAUUUCACGCAAGAAAUAGUCACAAGAAAUUUAAAAUUCUAUGAAUGUUUCAUAGAUCCAAAUAUUCGGAAAGGAAUUAGAAAAGAUCAAGAUUUCACUGUUGAAUUUCGAAAUGAUUUUACCAAUUUUAUGCAAAGUGCAUUAAAUAACAACGAAAUUGUUAAGUACAUCAUUGAAAGAGAAAAGGCAAUGGAUUUAGGAUCUUUUGCCAUUUACUUUCACGGAGGACAUGGACGUUUGAAAGACUUUCCGUGGGAAACAAUGAAAAACUUAUUUACAGAUUUUCAAGAAGCAAUCGGUUUUGAACUCAUUGAUAUGAAAAAUAGAAGAUAUUUGUUAAAGGAUAAACUACAGCAACUUGAAACUAACUGGAAGAAUUUAAUUUCAUUAAACUUGCGAAAAAGAAUGAAUAAAUUUUUCAUGUGCCACAUUCCCAAUGAUCCAAAAGAUCCUACACGGAAAUUGUACCGGGAAAAAUUAAUAAAACAAUUAUUUCAAGAGAAUGUCCAUCCGACGAAUUUAAAGUUUUUUAAGAAACUUUUAAAAGGAAGUCCAAAGAAUUUGGAUUUCACAAAAAUUGAUAAAAAUUACUGGAGAUUUUUAUUAAUAUUGAAAAAAAUUCGAAAAUACAUGAUUCAUCACAAAAAACCGUCAUUUGAUUUAUUUCCAAAGGCGAGAGUAACUGAUACCUGCGUGUCUUACACAACUUGCAGUAUUCAAGAAUUUUUCAAGCGGCACAAUCUUGGAAAUGGUGAAGCGAACAUUGCAGAAAUGAAUGAUUUAAGCGAAGCAGAAAAAAUCAAACGAAAAUGGAGUACAUUUAUUCAAUUGGAGGAAAAACAUUGGAAUCGGUUCGCAGGCAGUUUAACAACAAAUUGUUAUGAAGUUCAUCUAGGAGUUCAAAAACAAAAUUGAUUGACAAAUGCUGAAUCGAAUUCCUCGAGAGAUUUUCUUCCCUUUUCAUAUUUCGAUUGAAAAAAUGGUAGCGUUUACCUAACUCGUUAAAAAUUUCAUUAUCGUGAAUGACUUUUCUGCUUCAACGUCGAGAUUAAAGUUUGAAUUUGUUUUCUUACAUGUUCCAUUUGGCGACUCUAGAUUCAUGUAAGUUGAUGUACUUUUUUAAUACGAUAAAAAACUCGAAAAAACGGAUGAGAUUCGACAAUUGUAUUUAUACAGGCGAACUUGGAAAAAGAAAGAAAAUUACUUUCUCGAGAGAUUGCUUUAAAUUUUCAUAUUGCGAUUAAAAUAAAAGGUUGCGUUUACCUAAUUAGUUGAAAAAAGUAUUUUUCGUGAGUUACUUUUCUGAACGACGACAAUUAUUUAAAUACUUUGAAGAAAAAUGGUUGCGAUUACCUAACUCGUUAAAGAUUUAAUUAUCGUGAAUGACUUUUCUGCUUGAAUGUUGAGAUUAAAGUUUGAAUUUAUUUUUUGACAAUUUGCUUUUGGCGACUCUAGAUACAUGUAAUUUGUUAUACUUUUUUUAAUAAGAUAAAAAAAACUAGAAAAAAAGGUUCAGAUUCGACGACAAUUGUAUAUAUACAGGCGAACUUGGAAAAAAAGAAAAAUACUUUCUCGAAAGAUUUUUUUAAAUUUUCAUAUUUCGAUUACAAUAAAAGGUUGCGUUUACCUAAAUAGUUAAAAAAUUAUUUUUCGUGAGUUAAUUUUCUUAACGACGACAAUUGUAUUAAUACUGCGAACUUGAAAAAAGAAAGAAAAUUACUUUCUCGAGUGAUUUCUUUAAAUUUUCAUAUUGCGAUUAAAAUAAAAGGUUGCGUUUACCUAAUUAGUUGAAAAAAUUAUUUUCCGUGAGUUACUUUUCUGAACGACGACAAUUAUGUAAAUACUUUGAAGAAAAAAUGGUUGCGAUUACCUAACUCGUUAAAAAUUUAAUUAUCGUGAAAGACUUUUCUGCAUCAAUGUUCAUAUUAAAGUUUGAAUUUAUUUUCUCACAAUUUGCUUUUGGCGACUCUAGAUUCAUGUAAGUUGAUAUACUUUUUUUAAUACGAUAAAAAAACUCGAAGAAACGGAUGAGAUUCGACGACAAUUGUAUAUAUAUACAGCGGACUUGAAAAAAAAAGAAAAAUACUUUCUCGAGAGAUUUCUUUAAAUUUCAUAUUACGAUUAAAAUAAAAGGUUGCGUUUACCUAAUUAGUUGAAAAAAUUAUUUUUCGUGAGUUACUUUUCUGAACGACGACAAUUAUGUAAAUACUUUGAAGAAAAAUGUUUGCGAUUACCUAACUCGUUAAACAUUUAAUUAUCGUGAAUGACUUUUCUGCUUCAACAUUGAGAUUAAAGUUUGAAUUUGUUUUCUUACAAGUUCCAUUUGGCGACUCUAGAUUCAUGUAAGUUGAUGUACUUUUUUUAAUACGAUAAUAAAACUCGAAAAAACGGAUGAGAUUCGACGACAAUUGUAUAUAUACAGCGGACUUGAAAAAAAAAGAAAAAUACUUUCUCGAGAGAUUUCUUUAAAUUUCAUAUUGCGAUUAAAAUAAAAGGUUGCGUUUACCUAAUUAGUUACAAAAAUUAUUUUUCGUGAUUUACAUUUUUGAACGACGACAAUUGUAUUAAUACUUCGAAGAAAAACGAUUGCGAUUACCUAACUCGUUAAAAAUUUAAUUAUCGUGAAUGACUUUUCUGCUUCAAUGUUGAGAUUAAAGUUUGAAUUUGUUUUCUUACAAGUUGCAUUUGGCGACUCUAGUAGAUACAGCGAACUUGGAAAAAAAAGAAAAUUACUUUCUCGAGAGAUUUCUUUAAAUUUUCAUAUUGCGAUUAAAAUAAAAGGUUACGUUUACCUAAUUAGUUGAAAAAAUUAUUUUUCGUGAGUUACUUUUCUGAACGACGACAAUUAUUUUUUUUUACCUAACUCGAUAAAAAUGUAAUUAUCGUGAGAUACUUUUCUAUUUCAAUGUUCAGAUUAAAUUUUUAAUUUGUUUUCUGACAAGUUGCUUCUUGCGACUCUAUAUUCAUGUAAGUUGAUAUACAUUUUUUAAUGCGAUGAAAAACUCGAAUAAACAGAUGAGAUUCGAUGACAAUUAUAAAAAAAUAUACUGCGAACUUGAAAAAAAAGAAAAUUACUUUCUCGAGAGGUUUUUUUAUAUUUUGAUA